GCACAUGACAGGUAGUGAAUCCUCUCAGAAUCCCAUUUGAAUUAUAGCAGACACAGAGGUGACCCACUGAUUUACUUGACCACAUCUGAAAAUACAAAACCUGACCGAGACCACCACCCGGAAAGACAAGAACAAUAUCCAAGGUGCAUUGUGGGAGACAGAUGAUUGACACGGCCGCCAUCUUGCUCCCGCUCCUCUUCCAUUGUGAGAGAGAUCGUAAACAUCUGACAGUGACGAGCACAACACACUUUGUGUCCCGCGAAGAAAAGACGUUCAGUUCACGCUCGGUGAUACUUCGUCAGAAUGGCUCGUACCAAGCAGACUGCUCGUAAGUCCACCGGAGGAAAAGCUCCUCGGAAGCAGCUGGCCACCAAGGCUGCCCGCAAGAGCGCGCCCUCCACCGGCGGGGUGAAGAAGCCCCAUCGCUACAGGCCCGGUACCGUGGCUCUGAGAGAGAUCCGUCGGUACCAGAAGUCCACUGAGCUGCUGAUCCGCAAGCUGCCGUUCCAACGCCUGGUGAGGGAGAUCGCUCAGGACUUCAAGACCGACCUGCGCUUCCAGAGCGCUGCCAUUGGAGCCCUGCAGGAGGCCAGCGAGGCGUACCUGGUGGGCCUGUUCGAGGACACCAACCUGUGUGCCAUCCACGCCAAGCGUGUCACCAUCAUGCCCAAAGACAUCCAGCUGGCACGCCGCAUACGUGGAGAGCGCGCUUAGGUUCCCUCCUUCAUGUUUCUCCGAUGUCUUGUUUUUCUUUCCCUGCCCUUCUUCCUUCCCUCUGCCCCACCCCCUCUCUCCCCGUCUCCCCUGUUUCUCAAUAGUAUUUAGAGUGAUCUGAUUACGAAGAGAUAGAAAAAUACGUCAAUGUCCAGUCUCAUUUUUAGGGGACCUUUUUCGUGUAUGUAAAAAAGGUUGAGCAGAUCAGACCACAUGUGCACACAUACUCCAACAGGCAUCACCCAGUUCGGUUUGUUGAGCUCAGUUGGAUGUUUUUAGGGUAGGGGGCCGGCCGGUGCAGAGGGACGUGGCCGAGGGGCUAGUCUGCUUCAGGGGAGCUGCAACUUCCACAGCAGGGUGCUAUUCAAACUAGUCUCGAGGCCUCUGUCCAUCUGAACUCCCCCUCCCACUCAGUCCGUCCCUCCCCAACUCCCCCCACCACCUCCCUCACCUCUGACUCGUGGAGUGUGGAUGUGUUAGCUCUGAUCGUCUAAACCACUUGUACUCAACAAACAAGAAUCUCUUGGUUGCUUAAGAAUAUGGAUUAUCGUUGUGGAUAUGGUGUCUAUUUUUUUAAGCAUAAAAAUCAUACAUAAGCAUCUUUUCCUUUACCACUCCCUCAAUAAGUGAAAUAGCAGCGGAUAUUGUCGACAUGGUUGUCAGUUGUUUUUUUACAGUGAUCUGAUUUGUUGUAGAAAAUCAGGAAGGGCUUCUUUGUUUUUCACCGGCAGCCAGAAGGGGGCGCUGGUUUACCAUCUAUUCAGUUGUUCGUCAUGUGUCUCGUCCUCACCACUUUACACUUGUCCACACUACACAGACAUGCAUGUUUAGGGUCUGCGCUCUAUAAAUCUGACCAUAUUAUCUGUCCCUUUCUCAAAAUUUGUGAUACACAAUAUAACCUCAUUUUUGUUUUCUUUUAUAUUUUUCUUAUUCCUUGAGAUUUUCAGACGAAUGAAUAAGCCGAUCUUUGUAUUUUCCAAAUUUCUCAUAUUAUGGUGGUAAUAAAUAGGUGUUAAAACAAA